AUGCCUCAUGGUGAAGUAUUUGUACCUGGCAGUGAUUCAACACAUUUUUGUAAACCAACUGAUGUUGCUGAUGGAUAUUGUAAUUCCCGUAUUGUUAAACUUGAUUUAAAAGGAAAAUUUGUAAAAGAAUAUACAAUGCCUGAUGAAGAAAAACAAGUUUCAAUUCCGCAUAAAUUGUUUGUUUUGAUGAUGGAGAAACAAAUGAAAACAGUUUAUGCUAUUACUUAUGAUGCAAAUAAACAUCGUCUUUAUGCAGUUAGUGGUAGAAAUAAAAAAAAUCGAGCAGUUGGUUUUACAUUUGAUGCUCAUCCAGAAUCGUUUGGUGAUUUGAUUGCUACUUGGGAACCAAAUGAAGUUCGUAUUUGUUUAGAAAUUUGGUGA